AUGCGCCUUCCACGAAGAAAUCCGGCCCCACCUGCCGGUGACCCUCCAAGCACCUCCCUAUAUAGACUUCCUCGCGUGCGGCCAUCUCGGCCUCCCUCUCUCUCAUCCAUUUCUCUCCUCCUCCUCCUGCCACCGAUCCCGAACCAGGGAGGAACCCGGCGCGAGGAGGGCAAAGGAAGAGAAGAGGAGAUCACCGAGCCCAGCGCGCGCACAGGACAGCAGGCGCCGCGAUCUCGCGCAGGAGCGGAGAUGGGGCUCACGUUCACGAAGCUGUUCAGCCGGCUCUUCGCCAAGAAGGAGAUGAGGAUCCUCAUGGUCGGUCUCGAUGCGGCUGGUAAGACCACCAUCCUCUACAAGCUCAAGCUCGGAGAGAUCGUCACCACCAUCCCCACAAUCGGGUUUAAUGUCGAAACUGUAGAGUACAAGAACAUUAGUUUCACCGUUUGGGAUGUCGGGGGUCAGGACAAGAUCAGGCCCCUGUGGAGGCACUACUUCCAGAACACCCAGGGUCUCAUUUUUGUCGUGGACAGCAAUGACAGAGAGCGUGUUGUUGAGGCAAGAGAUGAGCUUCACCGGAUGCUGAAUGAGGAUGAGCUGCGUGAUGCUGUGCUGCUGGUGUUUGCCAACAAGCAAGAUCUUCCUAAUGCCAUGAACGCUGCUGAAAUCACUGACAAGCUUGGCCUGCAUUCUCUGCGCCAGCGACACUGGUACAUCCAGAGCACAUGUGCUACCUCUGGAGAGGGGUUGUACGAGGGCCUUGACUGGCUGUCCAACAACAUUGCCAACAAGGCUUGA